GAAACAGUAAGGAAUGAUGAGGACGAGACUUCAUAUUACGCUGUGCUUAACGUGGCACGGGAUGCCUCCGAGGAAGAGAUCAAGCGGGCGUUCAGGCAGCUGGCACAAGCAUAUCAUCCAGACAAACACACAGAUGCCUCCCUGCAGGCGCAUGCCUCCGCCAACUUCACGCGACUGCAGGAAGCCUACGAGGUGCUCGGCAAUCCUGACAGGAGGCAGGUGUAUGACAUCUAUGGGAAGGAGGGACUGUCUGCUGGGCUGGAGGUGGGGAGCACGCUCAAGAGCACAGAUGAGCUGCGGCAGGAAUGGGAGAGCUUCAAAGCAAAGCAGGUGCUGGAGAUGCAGGUAUCGCACAGGGGCUUCUACAGCUUCAAGAUUGACGCGACUAGUCUAGUGGACCCCUAUGACCGCCACGUCAGCGUCAUGCCAGAAGUGUAUGAGGUGGCCAUGAACAGCCAGAUCAGCACGCCGUUGUCAGACACCAUGGGAGCCACCCUGGGAGGCCAGAUGGCAGUGCAGGGCAAUGUGGGCGGCGGCUCCUUUGUGUGCGGCCUAAAGCGAAUUCUGACCCCACGCAACUCCAUAGAAUUGCAGGCAGCCCUGGGCCUGAAGACAUUCCUCUCGCUGCAGAGCACGCGCCAGCUGUCGGAGCACACAUCCGCAGGUCUGGGAGUGACCUGGCAGCCGCGCGCAGGCUUGGGGCUGCAGCUGGUCUCCACGCGCGAGCUGAGUGACACUACCUCGGCCGAUUUCAACUGGGUCAUCGGCCCCGCCGGCGCGGCAGGGGCCGGGCUGGCCGUCUCGCGGCGCGGCGAGAAGUUGACCACCAGCGGACGCAUUGAGGUCGGGGCAGUGACGGGGAUUCAGGCGCGGUGUGUGUGGAGGGUGAAUGAAUCGACGAGCGCGCGCGUGGCGCUGAGGGUGGGAACAACGGGGGUGGAUCUGGAGGUGGGCGGCACUCAGCGCAUCUCCGAAUUCAGCACCGCCGGCCUCGCCGUCGCCGUCGGCCUAUACGGCAUUGUGCUCAAGCCGCGCUUUAGCCGGGGAACGCACACGUUCGACUUCCCACUGCUGCUAUCGCACGACCCGCGCGCGUGGAAAGUACUUCUGGGCGCUUAUGUCCUGCCGCCGCUCACCAUAUACGUGACUAAGCGCCACAUCAUCCGCCCGCUGCGCCGCUGGAAAAAGGCCCGGCAGGUGAGCUGGCUGGGCACACUGCUCUAUUCCCAGCAGCGGACAAAGAGGGAAGCGGCGGCCGGCGCCAUCAGUGUCAUGGAGCCCAUCGCCAAGCGCAAGCUGCGCAAAGAGCUGCAGAAGGGGGGUCUUGUGGUGGUGGACGCCAGAUACGGAGUGCUGGAGGCCAUAGUGAAAGCUGAGGCAGAGCAGAGGGAACGCGGGACCACUGGCGAGGCCGCCACGCUAUGCGCCGUGCAUCGGCCGCCGCCCUGGAUCGAUGUGACCAUCGCGCUGCGGUUCAUGGUGGAGGACAGCCGCAUAAUUCUGCACAAGGUGUCGAAGAGGGGCCUGAUGGGCUUCUGCGACCCGGCACCUGACGAGGACAAGCACCUGCGAGUGAGGUUCCUGUGGCAUGGCCGCCCCUACAUCGCCACCCUCGCUGAC